AUGGGACGUGGAACUGCAGUGGGCGGUAGUUUCAGUGUCUUGGGCGCCGCUGGGGCGGCGCCCUUCGCGGUUGGCGCCGGCCCGCCGCCAAGAUCCACCGGUCGCCUGCUGCUGGUGGACUGCAACAACGUCCGUGGGCGUGGCCGUUCUGGGCGCUUUGACCUUAGCAGCUCUCAAUUCCUCAGCUGGCUUCAUCGCUGGACUCAGACGCGUGCGAAGGAGGAGCACUACAAGCAGGUGGUCGCCACCUUCGACCACGGUUGGCAUCCUGCCUUGGUGGCUCUUGCUGAUCUGACCGUCGCCUUUGCUGGACCGAAGCUCUUGGCCGACGAUCUGAUCUACGGGCUUUCGAGGCGCCUUGGAAGCUCGCAGCCGGUGGUCGCCGUGACCAACGACCGGCGCCUCCGGCGGCUCUGCGCCGAUUCCGGCUGUGAGACGCCGGAGGUGCAGUGGCGCCGCUGGAGCGCCACGCGCCGAAGACCCGCGCUGGGCUUCUCUGGUUGGGUCUCUACGUUAAAGAGCGGGAUCUUCGUAGAGAUGCUGUCCUCUGUGCCGGUGGGUCCUCUACUUCCUCAACUGCGCUCAGUCCACGAGGAGGUGUGA